AUGACAGACGUCUUGGGUCGCGGCACAUGCUCGCAAUGGCAUAUCAAGCAAAUGGACGAAUUCUGGACUCAAUUGAACUACUCGGGCACAUUACCGGGACGGAAGCAGAAAGACUCGGUGACGAUGAUCCCAACAAAGUCUUUGGUGGAAGAUCAUCCGGAUCGACUUGUGUCGGAGUACGCACUUGCGAUGGCAUACAAGGACAAGAGUCAGACCGAGGAGUCAAUCAAACUCCUGACACGUACCGCUACUAUAGAAGCGUAA